AUGAUAAUCUGUUUGCUGGGAUCAUUGGGUUUUCCAGCAGGAUUCCGCUCCAGCUCACAAGGCCAGGUCAACUCAGCAGUGGCUGCAAAAGAACAUCCCAGAGUUCAUCUGCCCCGGAUUGACCCUCAGGAAGCCGUGAGGGAAGGGGCUGGUAAGUUUUGGUUGAAGGGAUUUUCAAAUUGCAAUCCAGAUGUUUCCCAAUUAACAGUAGCAGUCACUCCUGUCAGCACUGAUAUAUAA